GCCGCCUGCCCGCGUCUGCCUGCGCCGCCCCGGGGCCCCGAGGAGCCGUUGGGGGGUCCGGGCCGAGGUCCUGUCUUGUGGAAGCCGCCGCCGCCGCCCAGCCGCCAGCCUUCCCGUUUUCUCUCCCGGCAGCCAUCAUGCUGGCGCUCAUCUCCCGCCUGCUCGACUGGUUCCGCUCGCUCUUCUGGAAGGAGGAGAUGGAGCUGACGCUGGUGGGGCUGCAGUACUCGGGCAAGACCACUUUCGUCAAUGUCAUCGCGUCAGGUCAGUUCAGUGAAGAUAUGAUACCCACAGUGGGCUUCAACAUGAGGAAAGUCACUAAAGGCAACGUCACAAUAAAGAUCUGGGACAUAGGUGGGCAACCUCGAUUCAGGAGCAUGUGGGAGCGGUACUGCAGAGGAGUCAACGCAAUUGUUUACAUGAUAGAUGCUGCAGAUCGUGAAAAAAUAGAACCCUCUCGAAAUGAACUACACAAUCUUCUAGAUAAACCACAAUUACAGGGAAUUCCAGUGCUAGUACUUGGAAACAAGAGAGAUCUUCCUAAUGCCUUGGAUGAGAAACAGCUAAUUGAAAAAAUGAAUCUGUCUGCAAUUCAGGAUAGAGAAAUUUGCUGCUAUUCAAUUUCUUGCAAAGAAAAGGAUAAUAUAGAUAUCACACUUCAGUGGCUUAUUCAACAUUCAAAAUCCAGAAGAAGCUGAAGCACCUUCUGAAGUCUUCCAGUCCUUCUUGGCUCUAAUCCUAGAAUUCUCGUCCGUUCCUCUGAAGUACUUCCCAGAAUACGGUCCUUCCUACCCCAAGAGAUUGCCUUUUUUUCAGAGUUUAUUUCUCAUAUGCACUGCUGAAGAUGUGUAUCCCUAAUCUUUCAUAAAGAAUCAGCUAGAGUUGUCGUGAUAAGGUCAGCACACACACACACACACCUUUGACCAUCUUAAAUCAAGAAGAUUGCAUAUUUCUGCUCUGGUCUUUCUGGGCCAGAUUUUUAUAUUGAUUUUCAUUAAAUGUCUAUCUGAUAUUUAAUUGUAGAGUGCAGUAGCUUACUACUGACACUGACCUGAGACAGCAUGAAGUUUCUAGUGCCACACACAGUACUUAGAAAACCUUUAGGCCUGAUUUGUGUGGGAUGAAAACAUGAUGUUUAUCGUAUCUCAGAAAUGCAUGUGACAUGUAUAAUUACACCUUAGAAAUUUAAAAUGGUCUGUGAAGUGGGAGCAGAGACAUCAGAUCAGUGUUUUUGUUGGUUCCUUGCUCUGGUGAGAACUUUGCUGGUGAUACUGAAAAUCCUUUUACUCUCUGAAGCGUCUUCAUCACCAGAGAGCAGUUGAGGAUACGGGAGGAGCCAAGGCAUGCUGUUUUGUAUCUGUCCACAUCAUUACUUUGGUCUUUUUUCUCCUUCUUAGUUCAACACACUUUUUUAAGCGGUUGGGAAUUGCUGAUUUUCUUAGAAACUUUCAUGACUUUAGAGCAUUCCAGCCAAUUUAAUAAAACCCAUUAGGACUGUCAGACUUUAUUCCAACACUUGCUCCUCUUUAGUCAUUUAACCAGUGCUGCUGCAUGACGUGCUAACUUCAGACGUUUUAUGUCCAAUCAUAAAUAAAGUUGACUUUCAGCACAGACGACACUUAGAGAUAAAUACAGAGCCUUGCUUUUCUCUCUCACUGGUAGAGGUCGGGCACUCGAUUAUUUGGUGCCAUUAGUUAUGUUGAUUAUUGUGACAGCUCUAGACCUGCCUGCUUUAUUUGACAUAAUCACGCACCAUGUCUAAAGGUUAUUUAAAAAUCAGCCACACAGAAUCGAGGGACUGAGGCUGUUCAUUGUGUGCUUCUAUCAGAUGGAGAUGAAUAAAAAUAUUUUGUAGCUUAGUGAGCUCCACAUACAUAAAGGGACAAAAUGGUUCAUUGCACUGUCACCCACCAAAGCAACUUCUGUGUUGCCUCACCCUGGGGGUGAUUCUCUGUCCUUUUGUCAAGCAGCACGUAGAUCAUACAUUCAUUUCUAAACAGGUUAAGCAUUCAACGUGUAGUAGGUAGUGUGUUCUUCAACGAACUCCAGACUGCCAUGGCCUUAAAAAUCGUCUGUAUAAAAUGCCGCACUGUGCAACACAGGCACUACUAGUUUUCCUCCAGGCAGCGUUUGUAUGAGGGGACUACUCCCAGCUUUAAAAAUUUUUUUCUUGUUCUUUGAAGCAUGUAUCUUACUUCCCCAAUGGGAUGGAUGGGUCUGUAAACAAAGUGUUAUUUCUGCUUGCUACUAUAAAUCAACACGGUCACUGUGACCCAUUACAGAUAAUGUGGCAACUUGGCUUGUGCUACAAGGAGCAAUAGGAACAAGAAUGUGUGACCACAUGGGAUCUGCAUAGGUUUGCUAAUUGACCUUAAAGUGUUUGUGUGUUCAUUGCUUUCAGCAUCUCAAGACACCCAAACACUAUUACCAUCCGUUUCCUCUGCGUUAAUCUCUGCAUGUGAAAAUUUGACAGUUAACUGAACUUUGUAAAUACGUGAAUUUUUUUUAAGUGGAUGCCUUCAUGUUUUUCUUUUUGUCUGUUUACUGCUCUUAGCUUUAUUCAAUAAACUUGCAUUUUGAGGGUUGUAUUGGCAAUUUUAACUUAAAAUGUACAUCAUGAUGGAAGGUGCUGUCUUUAUUGGAAGGGGAUGGAAAGACAAAAGUUAACAGGAGGGUCUGUAGACCAUGUGCUAGAAAGACAUCAGCUCGGCCCUCUUUGAGAUUGGGGCCUAUGAGCUAGGUAAAAUAGAAAUAAACUUUUAAAAUACCCACA